GUAGUUUAGAUGGUUGCGUUCCAAAACAUAACUGCACCGCACUAACGCUAACCGGUUCAGACAAAUCGUACGCACCAAUAAUAGUUGUAUUCCUUUCACACCUAUGAGGAGCUCCGGAACAGCUCCGGGGCUUCACGCGCUUAUUCCUUUCGAAAAGUGUUUGUUGCACCACGCAUCUGUUCGUUAUGGCGUUUAUCUGUUUAUACAGAAAAUAACAAAAGAGAUAAGGAAGGUGGUUAACUUUCAACUUAAUUCUUCUGAUCUUCUAGCUAGCAUUCAUAAAAAUAAAAUAUUUACAUCAUAUUCCCUCAAUUGCCUCUAAAUCUAUGCUUACGCUUACUUUAUAUAAACUUCAACAAGCAAUCAACAAUAGCAGGCACCAAAGUCCAAACAUUUGUUUAUACCUACCAGCUAAAAAUAUACAAUUAGAAAAUUGAUUCCUGGAUAUUGUUCGGUUCGACAAUUUCGAUGAAUUUUAAAUGCUAAAAAUAAUCAGUUUGUUUUUGUUUAUGCAGUCUAUAGUAGUCCAAGCAAUAGGAGAUUCUACCAGGGAAAAAAUUUGUGGUCACAAAUAGGCGUACUUCGUACUUGGUAAAGUAGAAAUAGGAAAACAAUAACAAUUUACAAAUCACAUUUUUUGAUCAGAGAGACAGAGUGUCACAUUCCAGAGCAUAGGUACUACUUUAAUAAUUUAGACACUGGAAAGCAGCUCUGUUCUGGCUCUAAAUUUAUUUGAAAGGUUUUUGCUCUCCUUCAAAGUAUGGAGAUUAUUUUCAUUUUCCUAAAAUAACUUAAGGUGAAUCAUAAGACAUAUAGCAUGACCUGUGUCCUUACAUCCCCUUUCUUUCCGACUUGCAAUGUUUGGUGUGGACUGUAGUUUCUGUAUUAUUAGGUAAUCUUCAUAAUUUUGCUUCUGGAACAAAAAAUUGUUCGUUAUUGUUAACAGAAUAAAAAUAUGGAUAGGUACAUGCAUAAAUAAAUACAUUUAAAUUGUAAAUUGUUUUGUCAUCUGAAAUGGAACCCCCCAAGAUCUCCUUCAGUUUCACAAAAUCAUCCAAAAAAACAAACAUCAUUUUUAACACUUCUGCUCCAAAGGAACCCGAGGAAAAGGGUGAAAUAAUUGAAUGCCUUGAAGAACACUCCAUUAAAAUCAAAGAUGCAGUUGUAGAAGAAGUACAUCCACUGGUAAUUCCCCUCCAAGAUAACCAAAAGAAUUUGCUUCAUCGUAUCAAAGCCGCUAAGAAAUGGGAUACGAAAAAGGAAAAAGAAGACACGCGUCCUGAUUCUGAACUAACUGCUGAUGAAUUAGCUGCCAGAGAGCUGAUGAGAGAUGCUGAAGCACAUUUAGAAAAUAGUCAGAAAUCAAACAACAACAAAGUAUCAGUUCUUCCUCUCAUAGAAGAACCAACAUCUUCCACUGGAGAAAAAGAACCAACUUUAGAAGACUAUGAAUCUGUUCCGAUUGGUGACUAUGGUCUUGCACUUCUUAGAGGCAUGGGUUGGAAAGAUGGCAUGGCAAUUGGAAAAAAUGUAACAAAAUCUGCUGCUGUUACUAUACCAGAAUUAAGACCUAAAGGUCUUGGUCUUGGAGCGAUAAAAGUUGAAGUAUCAGAAAAGAAAGCUACAGAUAAGGAUGGAAAAGAAUUAACUUUGGUGAAAGGGGGUUUUGCGAAGGCUGUUAUGGGGCCACAAAACGGAAACUAUGGCGAGAUUCAAGGUUUUGAUGAAGAAACGGGAAGGGUUAUUAUGAAAGUAUAUCCUAAAGGGGAUAUAAUCAAUAUCAAUGAACUCAUGUUGGUACCGGUGACAAAGGAAGAAUUUUCGAAGGGUUCUAAAAUUUUAAAUAAUGCAAAAUAUCAGCAAUAUAAAAAAUUAUCUGACAAGAACCUGGAGAGUUUUAAAGAAAAGUCAGAUUCUAAAGAUGAUGAUGGUUUUAGUAGAGCUGCAACUUCCAGUGAAUAUACCAAAAAAUAUUCUCACAAAAGUAGACAAUCAAGAAGCAGGUCAAAAGACAAAGAGAGCGAAAUAUCAAGAAAUAGUUCAAAUCAUUGGUUAAAAAGUGAAAGAACUGAAUCUAGAGGACGGUCUGAGGAUAGAAAAAGUAGGAAGAAAAAGUAUAGAUCAAAAUCCUGAAGCUGUUCAAAGAAUGAAAAGGAAGAGAGAACAUCAAGAAAUCAAAAUUUGGAAAAAAAAACCUGGUAUCAGACUCAUUAUACGGAAUUCCAUUUUAUGGAACUUUUGUGUCCUAGAGUCCUAGAACCUACAAUAUGAGACUUUGUAACUGGUUACAUAAAUAAAUGUUUAAUAAUAAAUUACCAGUCUUCAAUGAGUGAAUAAUCAUUCUAUUUAUUCUGUUUCUACUUUCUACAUCAAAUUAUUUGUACUCAG